AUGCUUCAAAAUGUAUUCCUAAAAGGAAAGUUUUGUGCUUUGGAAUUUAUUUGCACCACCGAGAGCACCAAUCACGGAACGAUCAUGAUGAGGCAUGCCAUUCCCUUUUUUCGUAAAUUUGAUACUCGAACAAAAUCAAGAUUAUUAGGAAAACCAUUCAUUGAGGGAUUUUGUGCCGAAUAUGUUAUGCCUCAGGAUGUUUUUGUUGGAUUUUGCGAGAAUGAAUUUUUAAAAUUAAAUAGACAAAAAGUUACGGAUAUGUAUCAUGUAAUGAAGAGGGAUGAUACUUUCCAAACAGAUGAAAUUAGGACAGACAAACCAAUUACUUAUUUUGAUUCAUUGGAAAUUAUUCAUGAAGACGAUGAUUUAUUGGUAGUUUCAAAACCCGAAAAUGUUCCAGUGCAUGCAACCAGUCGAUAUUUGAAAAAUAAUUUAAUUCAUAUUUUGAAAAAGGAAUAUUCAAGAUAUCAUCCUUCCAUGUUACCUGAAGAAGAUUUAUAUCCUUUACAUCGAUUGGAUCGACGCACUUCUGGAGUCUUACUUUUAGGAAAAAAGAAAAGUGUCGCUGGUGAAUUUUCACACAUGUUAAGAAACCAUCAAGUCGGUAAACAAUAUCUUGCACUUGUCAAUGGAAUUUGCAACUACGAUACACAUCAAGUUUUUAAAGUGAAUUUUCCAAUUAUGGCUGUGGAUCCACUGCAUGGAGUUCAUCGAUGCGUUCACUCUGAAGAAUCAAAAGAAUUUAUUCGAGCUCACUACAACGAUGGAGACAAACCACUGGAUUGGAACAAUGCAAAACAUGCUGAAACUCUCUUUCAAGUUUUACAUAAGGAUUACACAAACAAUCGAACAAUUUUGCUGUGUCAACCUAUUACUGGAAGGACUCAUCAAAUAAGAGCACAUUUGCAUGCAAUUGGUCAUGGAAUUGUUGGGGAACAUUCAGAAAAUUACAACAAGGAAGAGUGGAUUGAAAUGGCACAUCAAUCAUGGAGAUGGAAAUUAGACAAGCUCAUUAAACAUGGUUUUGGAAGCAAAGCACUCAUUCAAGAAGCAAUCGAAGAGAAAAUUCAUGGUGUCACGUAUCAAAAACCACCCUCUCUUGGAUUGUUCUCCGUUCGAUAUCGAUAUAGGAAUGACAUCUUUGAAUGUGCAAUUUAUAGACCUGAAUGGAUGCAAGAUUAUUCGUAUUCUGAUAUUUACUAUAAUAUGAGACAUUCGGAAUUGUACAAGAUGGUGGCGGAUCCAUCUCUCAAUUUUUCGAGCUUGGAAAAUGAUUAA